AUGACAUUAUUGAAAGCUCUCUGUGACCUAGGUGCUAGUAUCAACUUGAUGCCCCUCUCAAUGAUGAGAAAACUUACCAUAGAAGAAGUCAAACCUACCAGGAUAUCAUUGGUGAUGGCUGAUAGAUCAAUCAAGACACCCAAUGGAGUUGUGGAAAAUCUAUUAGUGAAGGUUGGAGAGUUUAUCUUCCCUGCAGACUUUGUGAUCCUGGACACAGAAGAGGAAGAAAACAACUCAAUUAUCCUGGGAAGACCAUUUCUAGCUACAACAAGAGCCAUUAUCGAUGUAGUAAAGGGAGAAAUGAUAUUCAGGGUGCACAAUGAGCAAAUGGUUAUCAAUGUUUUCAAAUCAAUGCAACAUCCCCCUGAGCAAGAGAACUACAUGAAGGAAGAAGAAGUGGAGGAGGAGUUACUGGAAGAUGACAACCAAGAGGAACAAGGAGAGGAAGUGGUAGAGAUCUCCAUUGAAGACAAUGAAAAGGAGAAGGAAAAAUAG